AUGGCUCCAAGCAAAGCGAAGACACCAGCGAAGGUUUACGGACGGGAUAUCAGGGGCUUUUUCGGUGGCGCCGGGAGCAGUCAAACCACACCGUCAACACAACACACCACUGGCACGGUUUCGAAGCACUUCGGUGGUCCCAGCCAAACACAGUCUAUAGAAAUCAGCGAUGGGGAGGAUGCUCGAACAAGCAAGAAGCCACCUGCAUCCGCGAAACCCGAGAAAGUUGAGACUAAACUAAAGAGCGAACGCGUUAUGGAUGAUGAGGAAGAUCAGAAGCCACAACCGAGCCUCAAGCGGAAGAAGGCCGUCCUUGCAUUCUCCAGUGAAGACGAAGAUGAAGAUCUCAAGAAGGUGUCACCACCCAGGAAGAAACACGCCAUCGAGACGUCUUCAUCGAAGGCGUCAAGCAGUGGCUUCGCUGCGAAGCCCAAACCCAGAGGGCAAGAAGCGCCACACAGUGGAAAGCAGCCCCCACGCAAAGCGAAGAAGAACAAGGACGAGGACUUUGAAAUGUUGUCUUCGGAGGAUGUCGCGAACGAUGAUGACUACAUAGAGGACGAGGACGACGAGGCGCCGGCGAAGAAGGGGAAGAGUAAAGUCAAGACAACACCCAAGAAAGCCCUUGUGAAAGCUCAAACGGCGAAGAGUACAGGCAAGGCGAAAGCCAGCGCGAACGGAGAGGAACAGGAAAAGCCAAAGCCCAAAUUCAAUUGGGCCGCAGCGAAGGCUGCCAAAUUGGCUGGCCCUAUCGCGCCGGGCUCCAAGUCAGUGCCGGAGCCUGCGGUUGCUGAUCCUCUUGGUGGCCUCUCAUUCGUCUUCACCGGCGAAUUGAGUAGCUUCUCCCGAGAGGAAGCGAUUAGUCUCGCCAAGCGCUUUGGUGGCCGCGUCACCUUGCAGCCGUCAUCGAAGACAUCCUUCGUGGUCUUGGGCUCCGACGCUGGACCUAGCAAACUCGCAGCGAUUAAGAAAAACAACCUCAAGACCCUCGAUGAGGAUGGAUUCCUGGAUCUGAUUGCAACGCGCGUGCCCGACACAAGCAAUUUGGAUGACAAGACGAAGAAGAAGCUCGAGAAGGAAAAGGAGGCGAUUCGCCAGGGCGCUGCGGAGAUGGAGAAACGCGAGAAGAAGGCGAUGAAGGAGAGUGUCGCCAAUGGAGGAAGCGCUAGCGCUCAGCGAGCCCCGUCAUCGCAGCUGUGGGCAGCGCGCUAUGCCCCCCAGUCUCUGAAAGAGAUAUGUGGUAACAAGGGACAGGUCGAGAAGCUGCAGAUGUGGUUGAAUGACUGGUCGUCUAGUCUGCAUUCGGGCUUUAAGAAACCUGGCAAGAAUGGCAUGAAUAUCUAUCGUGCAGUCCUUAUCACCGGUCCUCCAGGAAUUGGCAAGACGACGAGCGCGCACUUGUGUGCCAAGCUCGCAGGAUUUACACCUAUCGAGCUGAAUGCAAGCGAUGCGAGAAGUAAGAAGCUCGUCGAGAACAGUACCAACAUCACGAACGCAUCCUUAGAUGGUUGGAUGACGGGUGGACAUAUGGCAAACACUGUCGGCGUCAAUAUCACUGACAAAAGCUGUCUGAUCAUGGACGAGGUCGAUGGAAUGUCUGCUGGUGACAGAGGUGGCGUGGGUGCGCUUGCGGCUCUUAUCAAAAAGACCAAAAUCCCGAUCAUUUGUAUUGCCAACGACCGGACAGCUCAAAAACUGAAACCCUUGAUCAAUGCGACGUUCAACUUGACUUUCCGAAAGCCAGAGGUCACUGCUAUUCGCUCGAGGCUGCUCACUAUCGCAUUCAAGGAGAAAAUGAAGGUUCCCGCGAACGUGAUCGAUCAGCUCAUCGAGGGGGCUCAGUCAGACAUUCGUCAAGUUCUCAACAUGCUCUCCACGUGGAAAUUGUCAAAUGACACGAUGAACUUUGAUGAAGGCAAGACACUAGCUAAGAUGAAUGAGAAAUAUUCGGUUAUGACACCUUUCAAUGUCAUCAACAAGAUGUUGGGUCCUUACAUGUUCUCACCGACAUCGCGCGAGAGACUCAAUGAUAAGAUUGAGCUAUACUUCCACGACCCUUCGUUCAUCCCCUUGUUCAUAGAAGAGAAUUACUUGAAGACACAACCCAGCAAGGUCAAGAACAUGGACGGACCAGAGAAGGUGCUGAAACAGCUCGAGCUAAUGGACAAUGCUGCUUCUUCGAUAUCAGAUGGCGACCUUGUUGACACACUCAUUCACGGACCCGAACAGCACUGGUCACUGAUGCCGCUUCACGCGGUAUGCUCUAGUGUGCGUCCUGCAUCUCUGCUCUACGGGCCAGGGGUAGGCUACGGAGGCCAGAAUGCUAUGAGCUUUCCCCAGUGGCUUGGUCAGAACUCCAAGCAGGGCAAACUCAGUCGUCAAUUGACAGACAUCCAAGCCCGAAUGCGUCUGAAGGUAUCCGGAGACAAACCGGAGAUCAGACAGUCCUAUCUCCCCGCGCUGUUCCCACAUAUCGUCAAACCAUUAAUGGACGAAGGUGCUAGUGCAGUAGACGAUGUAAUCGAGCGUAUGGAUGAAUACUUCCUCACCCGCGAGGACUGGGACACAGUAGUCGAGUUGGGUCUGGACGAACACAAAGACGACCUUGUCCUCAAGAAAAUAUCCACUGCUACCAAGACCUCCCUAACGAGAAAAUACAACUCUAGAGAUCACCCCAUUCCCUUCCAUAAGGCGCAAGACUUGGGCAAGGUUCCGAAGAAGCUUGCUGCUUUGGGUCCUGCCCCCGACCUUGAGGAAGCGUUCGAUGUUGAAGAAGAUAUUGUUGAAGAGUCAGAGGACAAGCCUUCUUCGAACGAUGAUGAUGUCACACACGACAGUCUAAUCAAAGCUCCCAAGAAAGGCAAGGGGACAGUAUCGAGCAAGGGUAAAGCUAUCGCACAACCGAAGAUAAAGGCGAGGGCCAAGAAAACUUAG